AUAAGGAGCAGCGAAGGCUAUUCACAGUUAGUUGUACUGAGCCAGUCAGUCUGUAAUAGUCUUGCGGAGUUGAUCGGUGCAAGUGGCAGUGACAAGGAGAUAAGUGUUGAUGACUCCAUCAGAUAUGUCGAAGGCAGCCUCCUUAUUGGGUCUCACUAAGAACAGUAAGCGGAUGAUUGACAUGCUGUCAGUGGAUGCCCAUAAAAAUAUCAGGCAUGCUCCCAUAAUCGUUGAGACCUUGGAAAAACAUCUUCAAAAGGUGGAUAAGAAGACACAGACUGAGAUGUUCCUAUUACGUCGAACAUGGAAGAAAGUGUUCCCACCAAAGAAACUGUAUGUGGAUAUAUGUAUAAAUGCAAUUGAUCCAGCGUGGCCGAUCACAGCUGUGCCUCCUACCACAGAUGUGAAUCCAAAGUGUUUUCGUCAGGCACCGCCAGCUCCUAAUUCCCAGCCGCCUGCUGCCCCUCCAGCUACACCAGCAGUUCCUCCCAGUGUCAGAAUUUUUUCGAGCUUAAAUACGCCUCAAAGAAUAAUUAAACCUACGGCUGCUUCGACUAUUCUACUGCUACAAAAUGGAGAAACAAGAUUUGAAACUAAUACUUAAAAUGCUGGAAGAACUGGAAGCCAAUAGGAGGAAAGACAGAGAUUUCCUAGCCAAAUUAGGAGCCGAUAUGUAAACACAUCACGAAGAGAUGAGGGCUAUCCAAAUAAAAGCAGACGCCGACUCGAAAGCCUGGCGAGAAAAAACUUCCGCAGAGACGAGAGCAACCCCAGCAAUGGGACACAACUGGAUCUUCUGGCGAGCUGAAAGGAAACCGCUCGAGACGAGCUUUGUCUUAAGAGGG